AUGACCCAGCAGCAGAUCACCCUCUACACUGCAAAGAUUUGUCCUUGGGCACACCGAGCUGAACUUGCUCUCGAGGAGUCAGGACUCGAAUAUCAGAGAUUCGAGGUUGAUCUUGCGAAUAAACCCGAAUGGUACGCUCCCAAGGUCAACCCUGCAAGCAAGGUUCCCGCUCUUACCUACGGUGGCCCCAAGACCUCGCCGGACAAUCCUUCUCCGGAAUCCGUCAAGCUCGCAGAAUCCUACGUUCUCCUCGAAUUCAUCGCUGAUAUCUCCGGGAAGCUCCUUCCAUCUGACCCCGUCCAACGCGCCAGGGCUCGAUUUUUCGUCGAGACUUUUACUUCAAAGUUCGCAGGACCCUGGUAUGCCUCCGUUAAUAAUGGGGAUGACCCGUCGGCGAUCCUUCCAGCUAUCGAUGCUCUCCAGAGCCUUCUUCCAACAGAGGGCGGCUUCGCUAUUGGGGAGUACGGUUUGGCAGAUGCAGCCGUCACUCCUUUCCUCGCGAGAGCGUCGGUGGCGCUGAAGAAUGACUUUGGCGCUUAUGAUGCUGGUCUCGGCGUUAAAGUUUGGGAAAUUCUCCAGAACGACCCCAAGUACGCCCGAUUUAGACAGUAUUACAGUGAUGUCAGCAGUCGCGAUAACUUCAAGAAAACCUUCGAUCAGACCUAUCUUACCCAAGUCUACUCAAAGCGCUUCGCUGAAGCUCGCGCACAGAGAUCCAAAGCGUAGAUGAGAAUCGGGUUGUGUAUUGGAUAGAUCAUAUUCCGUUGAAUUCAACUGUUUGGCUCUUCCU